GGAAAGGAAUCGAGGAUGUACAAACUGAGAAAUGAGACGAGGGGUCAGGGGUCAGGGAUGCAGCCGGCGCGCGCAUUCAGCGUCAUCGACAGGCGCCGCGCAGCGCAGCAGCGGCGGGAGUUUCUGAACCCGAAACUACGGAAGGUUUCUGUUGAAACACGUCAGAGAGCCGCCAUGAUGAAGAGAAAGAGAUUGUCCAACACUCAGAGCUCCUCUCAGCCCAGGAGGCAAAGCGGCACGUUAUUGGCUGAGGAAGAGGAUGAAGACACGACCUUCACUCAGCCGAGUACGUCCCAGGUCCAGAGAGGGCUGGAGAAGUUCACGGCGGCGCAGGUGGACCAGAAGACUGCUGAGGUGGUUCAGUACUUCCUGGUGAAGGACCAGAAGAAGAUUCCUGUACGGCGAGCAGACCUGGUGAAACAUGUGGUGAAAGACUACAGAAACAUUUACCCCGAGAUCAUGAAGAGAGCAGCACGGACGUUUGAUCAGGUGUUCGGCUUCAAACUGGUUGAAAUUGACACCAAGAAUCACAUGUACAUACUGAUCAAUAAGCUGGAGACAGCUGAGGGAGCGCCGACCAUCAACCCCACAAACCCAAAGACCGGCCUGCUGUUUGUGAUCCUCAGUGUUGUCUUCAUGAAGGGAGGCGUCGUCAGAGAAAACGUCAUCUGGAACACUCUGAAGAGACUCCGCGUCGACUCCGGAGAGAAACACAAGGAGUUCGGUGACGUGAGGAAAGUCGUCACAGACGAGUUUGUGCGUCAGAGGUAUCUGGAGUAUGUGCGUAUCCCUCACACGGAGCCUAUUGAGCACGAGUUCAGAUGGGGUCAGCGAGCGAACAUGGAGGUGUCAAAAAGCAAAAUCCUGGACUUCAUGGGUGAACUUCAUGAACAGGACCCUCAGAGCUGGAGCCAGCAGUACAGAGAAGCCCACUGCACCUCCUCCUCCUCCUCCUCCUCCUCCACCCAGCCGAGCACCAGCAGCCAGAGAUAACUGGGACGUCUGGGAUCAUUAUUAUUAUUAUUAUUAUUAUUAUUAAUGCUGGAAUACAGAAGCUGUUUCUUGUUCUGUUAGUAUGUUGAACUUUGUACAGACUUUAAAUCACAAACUGAGGCAGGUUUUCACUUCAGUUUAUUGCCUUGAAUUAAAAGUCACAGUUUAUUUGCUCAAGUUCAGAAAAUAAAAUCUUUUAUAAUCGAUUUUACAUAAA